GCACCACUGACAACGACGACCUUCUGGUGCUGGCGGCUGCGUUGUUGCGUGCGUGCGUGAAGGAUUGACCUGCGACGAGCAAACACCAUUCAAGAUGGAUACCAAGCUGCAGGAGCAAUGUGGGUUCUGGCUCAAAUAUGACAAGUACCCGGAUACCCUGGAAGAGGCAAAGCGCCUGUUUGCUUCGAUGGACACGGAGGAAAUUGAGCGCCGCUUCGGCAGUCGCAUGACCUUUGGCACGGCUGGUUUGCGUGCGCCCAUGCAAGCUGGCUGGGCUUGCAUGAACGACUUGACCGUGAUCCAGGCCUCCCAGGGCCUCGCCAAACACGUUCUCGAGCACACUUCUGCCAACAACCACCUGGCCUUCCGAGUCGUCAUUGGCUUUGAUGGUCGCCACAAUUCUUCCCGCUUUGCCAUGCGCGCCGCCCGGGCCUUCAAGCAGCUGGGUGCUGAAGUGUAUCUCUUUGGAGAAAUGGUGCCUACACCUUUUAUCCCCUUUGCUGUGAGCCACCUGCAGUGCGCCGCUGGUAUUAUGGUCACGGCCUCGCACAACCCCAAGCAGGACAACGGCUACAAAGUCUACUGGUCCAAUGCUGCGCAAAUCAUCAGCCCGACCGACAAAGAAAUUGCCGCAAAGAUUGAGGACAACCUCGAGCCCUGGCCCCAGGCGUGGGAUCCGUUGACUGAAGGUGACACCGUUGAUGCGCUGGCAGAAAUUUCCGACGCCUAUUUCCAAGCCGCCCGGCUCAUUGCUUCACCUCACUGCUUUGUGAACAUCUCGUGCACCCCUACUGGCACUAUCAGCUCGCAGCAGUAUCUGGCCAGCAGCAUCGAUCGUAACAAACUCAAGAUUACCUACACCGCCAUGCACGGCGUCGGCUAUCGCUACGUUGAGCAAGUCUUCUCGGCCUUUGGCCUCCCGGGCUUUAUCCCCGUUGCUGAGCAGGUCCAACCUGACCCCGAGUUUCCUACUGUUGAGUAUCCCAACCCGGAAGAGGGCAAGGGGGCCCUGCAACUGGCCAUGGCCACGGCUGAGCGUCACAGCUCUGGCCUCAUUCUCGCCAAUGACCCCGAUGCCGAUCGCCUGGCCAUUGCCGUGCUGCACGAUGGCAAGUGGCACAUCCUGACGGGCAACGAGAUUGGCAGCCUCUUUGCGUGGUGGCUCGUGCACAACUACCGCACUCAGCACCCUGGUGGAUCCAUGGAUAAUGUGUUCAUGCUCGCCAGCACCGUGUCCUCGAAAAUGCUGCAGACCAUGGCCAAUGUUGAAGGUUUCCAGUUUGACGAGACCCUGACGGGCUUCAAGUGGCUCGGCAAUCGCGCAAUCGAUCUCAUGUCUGCCAAUCACGAGGUCUUGUUCAGCUAUGAGGAGGCUAUCGGCUUUUGCAUCGGCACCAAUGUUGUGGACAAGGAUGGUGUUACGGCUGCCGCUGUGGCUGCUGAGAUGGCCCUCUUCCUGGCUGCAGAGGACAAGACACUGGUGAACAAGCUGGAAGAACUGUAUGCCCUCUAUGGCUACCACGCCACUUUCAACUCAUACUACAUCUGCCAUGACAAGAUGAUUAUUGACCGCAUCUUUGGCAAUAUUCGCAAGGAUGGGCGUUACCCAGACAAGCUGGCGGGCGUGCCUGUGCGGGCGGUGCGCGACGUGACCAUGGGCUUUGACAGUAGUCAGCCCGACCACGUGUCGCGCCUGCCCGUGCAAUCGGGUCACAUGAUCACCUUUGUGCUUGAAAAUAACCUGACCAUCACCUUCCGCACCAGUGGCACAGAGCCCAAGAUUAAGUUUUAUAGCGAGCUCAUCUCCUCGGGCUCCACUGCCAGCGAGCGCCAAGCGGUGGACGAACAGCUGCGCAGCUUGGUAACCCGCACAGUCGAGGAUUUGAUGCAGCCUGCCAUCAACGGCCUUGUACCCAAGAAGGAUUAAGCAUGCCGAUGAGCCAUGCGCCCGCGUUCUCUUCAAGCUUGAGAAUGAAGACGAAUUCAAACCCCGACUAUC